UAGCUACAGAAGCAUUAGAUUUGUGUCCUGCCGGACACCGUACAAGUAACAAUCCCCCAUGUUUUGGUAUAGAGACGGCGGGAGGAUUAACAAAAGCACAUGUGUGUAAUAUAUUGUAAAUACUGUGAGGAUAAACAUGGACGAUGAAUGGGAAGAAGAGGAGCAGCUGGUUGUCGUCGAGCUUUCUGGAGUCAUAAAUAAUGACAUUUUGUCCAAACCUAGGGCUGCCUGCAAAAUACUGGAUAUCGACAGUGAGCAGCCUAUGAUGCAACUGGGCCAGUAUGUGUUUGCAGGAGAAUAUGAAGAUGCCCUAGGAACAUGUAUUCUAUUCGAGGAGGGGGCAGUCAAAGGAAAAGGAAACAGCGGCCCAGAGCUCAAGUACAAGUGUCACACUGUUAAGAAACUGAUGAUGCAACGCAUUUUCCUCACUGACAAGAAAGACAAUACACCCGACACAGGAGAUGCCACAUCGACAUCGAGUGAUUUGGCUUAGCUUGUAUGCCAGAUGCCCUUCUGGAUGUAACCCUCCCAUUUGACCAGGCUUGAGGCUGACAGUGGACAUCCUCAAUGGCUGAUGAUUAUGAAAUAUAAAUGUUAUUAUGACCUCUGUCAUCUGGACUUUAAUCAUCAUGGAGUAAAUCCUCUCUAAAAUCAUUUUCUUCAACUACAAAUUUAUAUGCUUUCAUCUUGUCCGCACAUUGAGCACAUUCUUUUUUUCUUAUUGAAUCUUCCAGUUGAUAUUACAGUUCUAAUAAUUAUGCUACCCGACAUCAUAGAAAAAGUGAAAAGAGUGAAUUUUUUUCAGCAAAAACAAAUGUCAGACAUCGUGUUUUUGUACGUCUUAAAAGUUGUAUUAGCUGUCUGAAAGAGUUUUCACUAUU